ACGAAGUGGCGGGCACGCGCAGCCAAGAAGAUGUCUCCGACGCCGCCGCUCUUCAGUUUGCCCGAAGCGCGGACGCGGUUUACGAAAUCUACGAGAGAGGCCCUGAACAACAAAAAUAUCAAGCCCUUGUUGAAUACCUUUAGCCAGUUACCUGGCAGUGAAAAUGAAAAAAAAUGUACCCUUGACCAGGCUUUUAGAGGUGUUCUAGAAGAAGAAAUUAUAAAUCAUUCAUCAUGUGAAAACGUUUUAGCUAUUAUUUCUCUUGCUAUUGGGGGAGUAACUGAAGGUAUUUGUACGGCAUCUACACCUUUUGUAUUGUUGGGAGAUGUUUUGGACUGUCUUCCUUUGGAUCAGUGUGACACAAUAUUCACUUUUGUGGAAAGAAAUGUUGCUACUUGGAAAUCGAAUACAUUCUAUUCUGCUGGGAAAAAUUAUUUACUACGUAUGUGCAAUGAUCUCCUACGAAGAUUAUCAAAAUCCCAGAAUACAGUCUUCUGUGGACGAAUUCAGCUCUUUUUGGCCAGGCUUUUCCCUUUAUCUGAGAAAUCAGGUCUUAACUUGCAGAGUCAGUUUAAUCUGGAAAAUGUCACUGUUUUCAAUACCAAUGAGCAGGAGAGCACACUGGGUCAGAAGCACACAGAGGACAGAGAAGAAGGAAUGGAUGUAGAAGAAGGUGAAAUGGGAGAUGAUGAAGCUCCAACAACUUGCUCCAUUCCAAUUGAUUACAACCUGUACCGAAAAUUUUGGUCACUUCAGGAUUACUUUAGGAACCCUGUGCAAUGCUAUGAGAAAAUCUCAUGGAAAACUUUUCUCAAGUAUUCUGAAGAAGUCCUAGCUGUUUUUAAGAGUUAUAAAUUAGAUGAUACUCAGGCCUCAAGGAAAAAGAUGGAAGAAUUGAAAACAGGAGGAGAGCAUGUAUAUUUUGCAAAAUUUUUAACAAGUGAAAAGUUGAUGGAUUUACAGCUGAGUGACAGUAACUUCCGUCGACACAUCUUGUUGCAGUAUCUCAUUUUAUUUCAGUAUCUCAAGGGGCAGGUCAAAUUCAAAAGUUCAAACUAUGUUUUAACUGAUGAGCAAUCACUCUGGAUUGAAGAUACUACAAAAUCAGUUUAUCAACUACUAUCUGAAAACCCCCCUGAUGGAGAAAGAUUUUCAAAGAUGGUAGAGCAUAUAUUAAACACUGAAGAAAACUGGAACUCAUGGAAAAAUGAAGGCUGCCCAAGUUUUGUGAAAGAAAGAACAUCAGACGCCAAGCCCACAAGAGCAGUGCGGAAAAGAGCAGCGCCGGAAGACUUCCUGGGGAAAGGGCCCAGCAAGAAAAUUCUGAUGGGAAAUGAUGAGUUAACAAGGCUUUGGAAUCUCUGUCCUGACAACAUGGAAGCCUGUAAAUCAGAGACAAGGGAAUACAUGCCAACUUUGGAGGAAUUCUUCGAAGAAGCCAUUGAACAGGCCGACCCUGAAAACAUGGUUGAAAGUGAAUACAAGGCUGUGAACAACUCAAAUUAUGGUUGGAGAGCCCUAAGACUGUUAGCACGCAGAAGCCCUCACUUCUUCCAGCCAACCAACCAGCAGUUUAAAAGUUUGCCAGAAUAUCUCGAAAACAUGGUAAUAAAGCUAGCCAAGGAAUUACCACCUCCUUCUGAAGAAAUAAAAACAGGUCCUGAUGUUCGGCGAGACAAACCUGUAACAGGGGACCAAAUAGAGGUCUUUGCCAACAAACUGGGUGAACAGUGGAAGGUCCUGGCUCCUUACUUGGAAAUGAAGGACUCGGAAAUUAGACAGAUCGAGUGUGACAGCGAAGACAUGAAGAUGAGAGCCAGGCAGCUGCUCGUGGCCUGGCAAGACCAGGAGGGGGCACACGCCACGCCCGAGAACCUGAUCAACGCGCUCAACAAGUCUGGGCUAAGUGACCUUGCAGAAAGUCUAACUAAUGACAAUGAGACAAACAGUUAGCUUCGUUCUUUAUUAUUAUUAUUAUUAAAACUGUGAUAAGGUUUUGUUACCAAGCAGCAUUUGAUAAGAGGUCCACUGGUUUUGGUAAACAAUAAACAUUUUUAUAACAGUUGUACAGUUGGCUGGUGCUCCACGAACAACAGAAUAUAUGUUGGCUCUUGACUGACCUCAGGGUUUAGGGGGAGAAGUUGGGGAAAUGGGCAGAAUAAAGUGACCUCAAGGUCACAAAGUAUUUUUGUUAAUUUUAUGUGUGUAAGUCAGUUAGCAAUGUUCAGGGGCAUGGUGUUUCCUGCAUGCCCUGAAGUUACAGAAUUUAACUUGCUGAGAAUCCCGCAGUAAUACUUUCUGAAUCGUAUGACUGCUCUAGUCCCACAUAUGCUUUAAAGCGGAGGAUCAGCAAACAGUGGUCCGUCUGCCACCUCUUUCUAUAAGUAAAGUGUUUACGUACGGCCACACUGAUCUUAAGUCCUGCCUACCUCUGGGCUCCUUUCGUGCUACAAAGGUACACGGUUGCAACAACGGCCUACAAAGCUUAAAACGUAUGAAAAUAUCUGGCCGAGUACAGAAAGAUGUGCCAACCCCAACCUUAAAAGAAACGGGGUGAAGUAUAAAACCUAAUUCUCUUAGCCUUACAGAACUUAUGUCUCCGGUCACUUAAAACAGGGCUGCACGCCUCAGGGGUUGCUGUGAAGGUCCAGCGAGACGUGUGUGACGGCACCUCCGCACAGCAAGCACUGCAGUGACAGCUGGGCCGGACCGUCUGCCCCCCGUUCCCACAUCAGCUCACCCUUCAGGGCUCGACGGUUAGGUCGCCGCUGUUCUCAGUGCCGAGGGAGGUCUGAGCGCCUGCUGCCAGUCCAGCAGUGCUCCAGCACAGGUCUGCUAUCAAAAGGGCCUCGGGGCAGGGGGCACGGUCUGUAAGGCACACUCAGGAAUCACGGUUUUUUUCCUUAUUCUCCUUUUCAAAGACCUUAUACCCAAGGCUGAAUUCUAAAAUAGUCUUUAACAGUUUAAAAGACACUAGUAGAAGUCCAAUUUCUUACACUUCAAGAAAUCUUUGGAAUAAUGCUUUUUUGGAUCAAAUAAAAUGAAGUCAAGUUUUUUGUAAUGACAGUUAAGAGAUUACAAUUUAAAAUGCUAAUCCCACAAAGGCUCCUAUAGUUUCUUCUAAUCCAACCUGACCUAGUAGCUACAGCAUCCUCCAAAUCAUAAAAUCUGAAUCCUAAUUGCUAAAUUUUUGUCCUCAGAGUUGUUCAGAACAAAAUAAGACAGUGAAUAAAAAAGUUCACAAUUCACAAGCAUCAUACUAAUAUAUCAAAGAAUCUCGUCCUCCCUUUCCUCUUCUGCACGCUCUCCAAGGCAAGAGGACUGACUGCCAGUAUUAAAGCUUAGCCUAAGAAGCUAUUUACAGGUAAGUUUCCCUGAAAUGCUUAUUUUAUCCUCUAAGUAUUCUUAGAUUACAUUGUUCCAACUUGAGAGGAAAAUGGCCAUUUUUUUGUCACUGCUCUGCUCUGUAGAGCCUUUUAAAACAGCAUAAGCAAGGAUAGAGAUUUCAUUAUAAUCCCUACAACUUUAUUAUAAAUAUCUAACUCAAAGAAAAUAAGAUAGUUAGCUGAUAUCCUAUCCUUUCACUCACAAUAAAACAAAAAUGAAUUGAUCAGACUGUAUUAAAAUCUACCAUAUAUUGCAGUAUCUCACACUCUUUAUAUUUCUACUAAAAAUCACUGGUAUUAAAUUUUGAGAUAGACAUGAAGAAGUUGGGAGUUGACAGAGUAGAAACAAACACCCAACUGAGCCAAGGAACAGAUGUGAUAAACAUAGUUGCAUUCAUUAUCCAAAGAACUUCGUUACUUUUACAACUUUGUGUUUCUCUUUAAACAGUAUUAGGCUAGCAGGUGAAGAAGGUAGUAUCUUCAAAUAGAUGCUCAGGAGCAUAAUUAACCAUCUGCAGAAACUAAUAGUAUUAAACAUAUCUGAACUUCAGCCAAGCUCCAACAGACAAAAGACUUGAGGUCAAAAGCUAUUAGUCCCUCUUUUUUUUUUUUUUUUUUUAUUAAAUAUCCUCAUUUUCUAAAAAUAAGCAACUGGAGCUUGUUGACAUUUUAAGGUUCAUUACUACAAAACCAUAGCAAAGUUCAAUGUACAAACCAUAGUACAUCAGAGACACAGUAACAAAUGUAUAAUCAAAUGUACUAUUAUUUGAUCACAAUUUAUUUUAAAGUCAUGAAAAGCCAGCAGCAGUCAGGCUGGACAAAUACUUGAUUGUACCCAUGUUUCCAUGGGGGUGGGGACGCAGCACUGAGUUACACAAUGAGAUCAAACUUAUUUCCUUUCCACCUUCCUGGCAACAUUUGUGUUAGAUAAGGCAAAGGAUGGGCAGCUACUGAAUCACUGGUGGUUUGAACCAUGCAAGAACAACAAAUAAUAGAGUAAUAGGUGUGCAAUAAACAUCUGAUUGCUGAAUCUUGGGCUGAAAAAGACAGGGAGAAAAAUUAUCACAGAAGGUAAUAAUGGUUGAAAGGCAUUUUGACUUAUAAUUUUU